CCCUAAAACACACUCCAACCAGACAGCGACAAAUUGACAUUUAUUACCACCCUAAUAUUUUCUCUCAAUUUCUCUCUAUUCUCAAUCUCCUCUGCUCACUUUUCAAGCUAUCCUUUCUCAGAUCUGCUGCUUUUUGUUGCUACCUUUGUCUUGCUGGCCAGUGAACCUCAUGAUAAGUGAAUCGAAAGUAUUAGCUUAGCAGGAGUUGGUGGAGUUUAUAUAUAGCUUGGUCAUGGAAAAGGAAGAAUCAGUUGAGAAAAAGGCAGCUAAUUCUUCAAAUCCAGGAAAGGAGGGUGAUAAAUCUGAUUCUCCUAAAGAACACAAUGAAAAUGGACUUCAUAUGGAGCAACAUUUAGAUAGUAACUUGGCAUCUCAAGUGCUGGAGGAAAAUGCACCUGACACACGAAUAGAUGAACAUGAAAAAGAAAGUCCUACCAAGAAAGAUGUCAUAGAAUCUCCAACUAACAAGAGUGAGAAAGGCCCAUCUGACUUAGUGAAAGGUGAAGAUGGAAAAGAAAUCUCUUCAGAGGACGGGAAUGUAGAUUCUGUACGUUGUAAAAAGUCAGAGGAGGAAAUAGUUGAACUGCAGAAAGAACCACUAGGAUCACGGAAUGGUAGUGAAGAAGCCACUGAAGCAGGUAGUCAAAAGACACACAGUAAUUUGGGUGAAAAGGAGGUUGGAUAUUCAGAAGGAACAACCAAGAAUCUUGAGGAUAUUCUUUAUGAAGAGGAAGAAGAGCCCAUCUUCGAUGGAACUGAGCAUCCUGGUAUGGACCCAAAUAGGAGUUCAUCUGGUAGUUCCAUGGAGAAUGAGUCAGAGACACAAGGAUAUGCCUGGCCUGAGAAAGCAGUGGCUGUCAAGAACUUUGUGAAGGAGAAAAGUGUAGUUGCUGUCUCCAGGCUUCUGCGUCGCCUUUCUGGGAAAAGUAAUGAUGGACAGGAUGAUCCUGAUGAGGAACAUGAGAAUAAUAUUAGCAACAGAGAAAAAAAGGAGGUUGCAGGUUCUUCAAGAGAAAGUGCAGCCCAUGAGUCUUCUCCAAAAACUGUAGAACGAUAUGGAUGGAAUCCCCUGAGCUUAAUUGGGAUUUCACGUGAGGCUGAUGCAGAUAAUAAGGAUGAACAAGUGGGGAAUGCAACAGUCAUAACAGAACCACUGCCCAUGAAAGGACGUAUCAUAUUGUACACAAGGUUAGGAUGCCAGGAUUGCAAAGAGGCAAGACAAUUUCUUCAUAGGAAAAGACUCAGAUACGUUGAGAUAAACAUCGAUGUAUACCCUGGAAGAAAGUUAGAGCUUGAAAAGAUUGCAGGAUCAUCUUCUGUUCCUAAAAUUUUCUUUAACGAAGUACUUAUUGGUGGUUUGAGUGAGCUAAGGAGUUUGGAUGAGUCUGGAAAGCUCGAGGAGAAGAUUGAAUAUGUCAUGUCUGAAGUACCAUCAUUUGAAGCUCCUCUGCCACCACUGUCUGCUGAAGAUGAUCUGUCUAGCAGUGGUUCUAUCGAUGAGCUUGCUCUCAUUGCUCGAAAAAUGAAAGAAAAUAUUAUUGUUAAGGAUCGAUUUUAUAAGAUGCGCCGUUUCACUAACUGUUUUCUUGGUUUAGAAGCUGUGGAUUUUUUGUCAGAAGAUCAAUACUUGGAAAGGGAAGAGGCUGUUGAAUUUGGUCGGAAGCUUGCAAGCAAACUCUUCUUUCAGCAUGUUCUCGAUGAGAACGUGUUUGAAGAUGGCAGUCACUUGUACCGUUUCCUUGAUGAUGACCCCCUUGUAUCCCAAUGCCAGAAUAUACCAAGGGGUGUAAUUGAAGCCAAGCCAAAGCCCAUAAUUGAAAUUUCAUCAAGGUUGCGAUUUUUGUUUUAUGCUAUCUUAGAAGCUUACACUUCAGAAGAUCGGAAGCAUGUUGAUUAUAGGAGCAUCCAUGGGAGUGAGGAAUUUGCAAGGUACUUGAGGAUAAUUGAGGAGCUUCAAAGAGUGGAAUUACAUGAUAUGCCAAGGGAGGAGAAGCUUUCAUUUUUUAUUAACCUCUAUAAUAUGAUGGCCAUUCAUGCGAUACUGGUGUGGGGUCAUCCUUCUGGGCCACUUGAGAGAAGAAAAUUGUUUGGAGAUUUCAAAUAUGUCAUUGGGGGCUGUACAUAUUCACUCUCAGCUCUCUAUAAUGGCAUUUUAAGAUCCAAUCAGAGGCCACCUUAUAAUCUGACUAAGCCAUUUGGAAUCAAAGAUAAGCGUAUUAAGAUGAUUCUGCCUUACCCAGAGCCUCUUGUCCAUUUUGCUUUGGUUUAUGGUACUCGAUCUGGGCCAGCUCUUCGCUGCUAUUCACCUGGGGACAUUGAUAAACAGUUGAUGGAAGCUGCCCAUAAUUUUAUAAGGAGUGGAGGACUCAUUGUUGACUUAGAUGCCAAGACUCUGUAUAUAAGCAAGAUAUUUAGAUGGUAUAGUUCUGAUUUUGGGAAGACUGAAGUUGAGGUGCUGAAGCAUGGUGCAAACUAUUUGGAGCCGGAGCAGUCUCAGACAUUGUUGGAGUUGCUUUCCAGUACUCAACUGAAAUUAGUUUACCAGCCGUAUGACUGGGGUCUGAACCAUUAGUUUAUCUUAGCAGCAAUGCCAAUUAAAUGUAUACUAGUCUAGUACUCUAGUCCUUGCAACUUUGGUUGCUUUGAGUCGCCAUUUGUUUUUUGACUGGCUCAUGGAUUUGGUUACUGAUACUAGGCCAUGAGGAACGCAAUAUAUACAUGACUUUCAUUUGUGGAAACACCACAUACAAUAGUUCUGAUAAGAGGAUCAGGUACCAAAAUUAGCUUUCCAUUUUCUUA